ACGGCUGUGGUGGAUUUGACAUCCAAGUCGUGUCUCCUGCAAAUGCGACGAGAUGAAAGCUAACGUUGGCUAUCUUUUUAAAAUUCCAGUUUCAGCUAUAUUUCCGCUUCUUUAGUUGUCUCCAGAGUUUUUUCCAGUUAGUGAAUGUGUAUGUUAGUCUGGCAGGAAAGCCUUUAACUGUGACAGAGACUUCAACUGCAGUGAAAAUGGAUUGAUCCAUGCUGUUGAAGAAGCCAGGAAUGGAUUGAGGUGCGGAAGCUAGCGUUAGCCGGCUAGCCAUGGAGGGAGAUAGAGGAGCUUGUGACUUUGUCUUGUUGGCCUCUGUUCCGUAAAAUGAGUUGAUAUAAGUUACUCACCGUCCAAAACUAUGCAGUUCACGCAUGUUAUUUGUGUUAAUGUGCGCCAGUUCUAUGCUGCGCACACGCUAUGAAUAUGUCAGCUGUCCUGCACAUACCGCAGAUACCCGGUUGGCUGUCAUUACACAGAGCCCAUCCUACUCAGAAGCUCGAUUUUUCACUCCGCAGCCAAACACACAGGCUUGACUGGUCCUUAAUACACUAAACUGAAAUUAGAUCACUUUAAAGAUUCAAAUGUAGAUUUUAUGUGAAACCUGCUCCUACCAAAAUCAAAUCUAAUUAGUUUCAGAUUUACUUAGAUUUUACAUUAAUUAACUGCCACUCAAACGAUUUAGAUUACACUUUGCAUAAGUUGCAGACUCCCUGCAGCCCAGUCAGUGUUGAAUUAGACUAGCAGGUGAUCCCUCCUCAGUUGUAUGGGAAACGGUGCUGGCUGUAGCAAGACUGUUGUAGGUCAACGAUGGGAGGUUCGGUGUCUUGCUGCAUCUCUCCUAGAGAGAGUCCCAAGAUUCACAGGAGAGAGGUGGAGCUGGAGGAGUGUCCCAUCACCACCACAGAGGAUGUGAGUGAAGACACUGGGACCUACCUGCAGCACAUCAGUGACAGGGAGCUCCCGGAUGAACUGGCCCAAGAGGCCAACCCAUCUGACCACCCCAGAGCCAGCACGCUCUUCCUGAACAAGUCGCAGACAGACGUACGUGAGAAAAGGAAAAGCAACUACAUGAAUCAUAUGUCCCCAGGGCUCCUGACAAAAAAGUACAGUUCCUGCUCAACAAUAUUCAUCGAUGACAGCACAGUCAGCCAACCUAACCUCAAGAGCACCAUCAAAUGCGUUGCAUUGGCCAUAUACUAUCAUAUAAAAAACAGAGAUUCAAACCGCUCUCUUGAUAUAUUCGAUGAGAAGAAGCACCCUCUAUCACGAGAAAAGGUUCCAGAUGACUACUCUGUGGUCGACCCAGAACACAAACUCAUCUACCGCUUCAUAAGGACACUCUUCAGCUCUGCGCAGCUCACUGCUGAGUGCGCCAUCGUCACUCUGGUGUACCUAGAAAGGCUGCUGACUUAUGCUGAGAUGGACAUCUGCCCUUGUAACUGGAAACGCAUAGUUCUGGGUGCCAUCCUGCUGGCCUCCAAGGUCUGGGACGACCAGGCUGUGUGGAACGUCGACUACUGCCAGAUCCUCAAAGAUAUCACCGUGGAGGACAUGAAUGAGAUGGAGCGUCACUUCCUGGAGCUGCUCCAGUUCAACAUCAACGUCCCAGCCAGCGUCUACGCCAAGUAUUACUUUGACCUGCGCUCGCUGGCUGACGACAACAACCUCAGUUUCCCACUGGAGCCACUUAGCAACAAGCGGGCCCAAAAACUGGAGGCCAUCUCCAGACUGUGUGAGGACAAGUACAAGGACCUGAGUAAAUCUGCUAUGAGGAGGUCUGUCAGUGCAGACAACCUGGUUGGCGUCAAGAACUCCCAGGCUGUGCUGUCUUAAGUUUGCAACAGCCAUCUUAAAUCUGGUGAGGAGCUGGAAUAAUGGGUUUAGAGUGAAGCUACAGGAUAUGAUGCCACGCUGAAGAAGUUCAUCAAGAGACAUUUCCAUAGUAGAUUAUGUUAAUAUCAGUAACUAUAAAGUUCAAUCACAAAAUGUUGAAUGUCGACUUUGGGGAGGAACAAAAAAAAAAAGAAAAAAAAAAGAAGUUUACCAUACAGUAUCUCUAAAAUAUAAUGAAUCCAAUCUCUGUGUUCAUUACAAAGAACUUCAGGUAUCUGCCUUUAAAGCAUGGUAAUUUGGUGACUGUCACGUUUUUUUUUUUUUGAAAUUGUGGACGUCUACCUUUGGAUGGAAUUAGCAUGAAAAUGCUUCCUGAUGCUACACAAAUUGAGGACAUCACCUUUUUCUUUUUCUUUUUUUCAACACUCAGUCUUUUGGGGAGGAUUUUCUCUGGCUUUGGCCCUCUUCUCUCUACCAGCUGUAUCCCCUCCCUCCUGGUGACAAACUGUCUUGAACUAUGCUGUGGUGUAGUUCUGCACAUGGACAAAGAGUAGACUUUGUUUUGCUUACUAUGUAGGCCCAUAUAGCUGUGAAAUGUACGAGACUUUAUUUAAUUCAAAAAUAAAUUCCAGUCGCUGUUUAAAGUUGAGGCUGCUUAGGUGGGAAAA